AUGUCCGCAGGUGGUGUGGCUACCACGGAGGCGUAUGUGUCCGAGACGCAGAGGCAAGCCCGAGCAGGACAGCUCAAGUUCAGAUGGGCCUCUCUGUGGGAGCCUGCAGUGGUGAACCCCGUCAACGGUAAAAGUUACACAUUCCCCAUUUUCCGGUUCUGGGACCCCUACUCUACUGCCUUCUGGCUCGCCACACUGGGAUUCUUCACCGCCUUCAUCUGCUGGUUCGCUUUCGCAGCCUUGAUGACAGAAGCCGUCAGAGUCGACCUGAGACUCACAGCAGACCAAGUUGCAAACAGCAACCUGUGCUCUCUUGCCGGUACUGCCGUCGUCCGGUUCCUCGUUGGACCUGCCGUGGACAAGUGGGGACCUCGCAAAGUCCUUGCUACUCUUUUGGUCGUAGGUGCCAUUCCCUCGGCUCUCGUCCCGACCAUCAGCAACCUCGGUGGGCUUGAGACCAUUCGUUUCUUCAUCUCGAUUCUCGGAGGAACUUUCGUGCCCACUCAAGCUUGGACCACCGCCUUCUUCGACAAGACCAUCGUGGGAACCGCCAACGCUUUCUCGGGCGGCUGGGGCAACCUCGGCGGCGGUCUGAGCCCUGUAUUGAUGAUCAACACCUUUGAAGGCUUGCACCGCGCUGGCCUCAGCACCCACCUCGCUUGGCGUAUCGCCUUCUUGGCACUGCCCGUGCCUUUGCUCCUCGUCGUCGCUGCUGUGCUGAUGCUGUUAGGUCGCGACCACCCAGCCGGCAAGUGGUGGCAGCGUCAUCAACUCCCAGGUACCGCCAUGGCUGUCGCUGCUGGUCAAGAUGUUCAACUGGAUCCGAGAGAGAUCCGUGAGCAGGAGCGCAUGCGCGAAGGUGCUCAAGAGCAGGGCAGCGAGAAGGUCGUCACCCGCCACGCUCCCGCGAAGACGUCGGACUUCCACGAGACAGGAGAGCAGUUCGACAAGAAUGACGCAGCUCAAUCUGAACCUCUCACUGCUCGCGCUGCCCUGGAUAUUGCCCUUGACCUACGAGUUUGGAUGGUCGCGCUCAGCUACUGCAUCACCUUUGGUCUCGAGACGGCCAUGGAUGCUGCUCUGCCUCAGCUGAUCUACGGGCUGUUUGCUGGUCCUAGCUUUUCCGUUGCCGAUGCCGCCUACGCAGCCUCAACUUACGGCCUGCUCAACUUGUACGCUCGUCCUCUCGGUGGCAUCCUUUGCGACAUUCUCUACAACCGCUUCCGUCCUCGCGGCCUUGGUGUGCGCGCCAAGGUAGUGUUCCUCAUCGCCAUGAAUAUCAUGCAAGGUGUACUCAUGAUUGGACUUGGCUUCUACGUCGACCAAGGCGCACCCCCAACUCUUGGCGGCGUGCUGGGCUUCAUUGUCGGCAUUGCUACCACCGGUUUCGCAGCCAAUGGAGCAGCCUACGCCGUCUACCCUCACAUCCGACCAAAGAACAGCGGUACGGUGGCAGGCGCAGUCGGUGCCUUCGGUGCCAUUGGUGGUAUCUUCUACACUCUCAUCUUCAAGUUCCACCCAGGCACCAAGCCCACCAGAACUCUCGGCAAGAAGUUCUGGAUCGCCGGAAUCUUCAACACUGCUGCCAUCUUCCCCUUCGCAUUUGUGCCUCUUGGAGAUGCUCAUUGA